AUGUAUUCUUGUGCAGUGCUCCCUGAGUUAAAUCAAUUACUCAACUCAGAGUACGCAGUAGGAGAAAAAAUGCAGAAAUUACGAGGGCUGCUGUCCAAACAGAGCUCUCCUCUUCCAUCAUCAAAAGAUCAACGGUCAGGUGUAGGUGAGGACCCAGCGUUGACAAGUAGCAUGCGAGUCCAGAGCCAUGCGCUUAAUCCUACUCGGGAUAUUGUCAAGAUAGUACAGAGAACCAAUGACUCAAGGGAGGUCAUCGAACUGAACAAUGGCCUGGAUAAGAUUUAUAUCCCUCUAUUGGACAUUGCUCAAUUGUGGCUAGAUGCGUGCAAGAGAAGAGCCAAGCACGUUCUCCACACUGAAGUGCUCUGCCCGCUAAUCAAAAUCUUCACAAUUAUCUCGGAAACACAUAGCACGAAGUACAUAGCGCAUCACCAUCUUCGUUCUGUUGCCUUUUCUGGAAUGAUCCGAAGUUAUAGGCUUAGUCAUCGAUUUUCUUGGACUCCGCGGUCUACGAAGACUGGGCCCCGUCUUCAUCUAUACAAAUCUUCCAUAUUCAUGAACAUUCCGCAAUGUCGUUCGCAAGGGUACAAACGAGGGUUGCGUCCAGCAUCCGAGCGUUCUCAACAUCUCGUGUGCUUGGGUCAGAGCUCUCGUAUCAGGUUUUCGGCCCAGAAAAGGAACAAGCCACCCGAAAUCCUAUUGUCUUCUUGCAUGGUCUCUUCGGCUCGAAACAGAACAACAGAAGUAUUAGCAAAGUUCUUGCACGUGACCUCAAACGGCAGGUCUUCACUCUGGUCAGUCUCUCAGUGCAUCUUAACUGUGGACGACGAAAUCGCUCAUGGACUUCAGGAUUUGCGGAAUCAUGGCCACUCUUUCCAUCACCACGAACAUAACUAUUCCGUCAUGGCCAAAGACGUGGAGAAAUUCAUCCAUCAGCACGAUCUGGCCAAGUGUGUCCUGAUUGGCCAUUCCAUGGGAGCAAAAACUGCAAUGACAGUUGCUUUGCAAUCGUCAGAUCUAGUUUCGGCUCUCAUACCUGUCGACAAUGCUCCUGUCAAUGCUCCGUUGAAGAGUGACUUCGGAAAGUAUGUGCGAGGCAUGCAAGAGGUCGAGGCGCAAGGAGUCACCAAGCAGUCGGAUGCCGACAAGAUCCUUAAAGAAUAUGAGGAGUCCCUCCCCAUCCGUCAAUUUCUCUUGACCAACCUAGUUCGCGCGGAAGAUGGUCAGAAGAUGAAAUUCCGUAUCCCUUUAUCGGUGCUGGGACCGGCUAUUCCUGCUAUGGCUGACUUCCCCUUCCUCGAACCGGGCUCCGUCACUUAUGAUGGGCCGACGCUCUUCGUCAGAGGCACGAAGAGCAAGUAUGUCAGCGAUGACACGGUUCCUGUGAUCAAGAAGUUAUUCCCCAAUGCUGAGAUAGCGGAUGUUGAGGCAGGUCAUUGGCUGAUCUCGGAGAACCCCGAGGCUUUCAGGCAAGGUAUGUAUAAAAUUAACCUUAUUGGCCUAUCAAGUUUGUUGACUAAGGAUAUUCCAGCUGUUGUGAAGUUCUUGCAAGAUCUGCCGUAG